AUGAAGUUUACUGUCAUCACGCUUACCCUGGUCGCUCUUGUCGCAGGUGCCAGUGCUGCAUCCUGUCCAUCCCUGUUCCCCCACGACACCGUUUGGGGCGAGUGGAACCUCUGCUGUGACUACAUCGGACCAAAUGAUGUCAGUAUCUUCCUCUGUGAUGUUGCCAACCAUUGCUGUGACCAAAAUGGUUACAACACUGGGAGUGGCGCGCCUGGAUGCUAA